AUGUAUAUCUCGGCACCAUCUGCUUUAAAACAGGCCCAUGCCACGAAAUUACCUUCUCAAUGCUUGACAGUUGUAGGGGAAGGGAAAUUUUUUAAUCAUUUUUCGUUUUUUUUCUUUACGAACAAAUCUAUUACUAUCAAAUGCAUAAAGAUUAGUUUUUGA